AUGAAAUUGAGUUUAUAUCCCGAUGCUUCAGAAUAUUAUGAAAUUCUUGUAUCCAUUGUGAAAAAGAAAAUGAGAGAUAAUUAUUUAUUAUUUAUUUUAAGUCGGAAAGUAAAUGGAAACAUUUCACCCAUUAAAUGUCAAAUAUCUGAUACACAUUUAUUUGGUUUAUUAAAAUUAAUGAAAACAAUUCUAUAUCCACAAAAAUUUGAUCAAAAACAACAAAAACAAAAUCAAAAAUCAACAUCAAAAAAACAAUAUGAAACAAUUGAAAAAAUGAUAUCUGUUCAAAAAGAAAAGCAAAAUAUGGAAAAACAAAUUGAUAUUAAAACUGAUCUUGACAAUAAAUAA